AUGGCGCUGCCCUGUCAGCCUGUGAUGGGCCGUCUCGAGAACAGGACCGGCGUGUCAACACUCCGAGGACUUAGUAUAGAAGCAGUACUUAGUGUUCUGAAGUCAGAAGCAGCACUUGGUGUUCUGAAGUCAGAAGCAGUACUUAGUGUUCUGAAGUCAGAAGUAGCACUUGGUGUUCUGAAGUCAGAAGCAGCACUUGGUUUUCUGAAGUCAGAAGCAGCACUUAGUGUUCUGAAGUCAGAAGCAGCACUUGGUGUUCUGAAGUCAGAAGCAGCACUUGGUUUUCUGAAGUCAGAAGCAGCACUUGGUGUUCUGAAGUCAGAAGCAGCACUUGGUGUUCUGAAGUCAGAAGCAGUAAUUAGUGUUCUGAAGUCAGAAGCAGCACUUGGUGUUCUGAAGUCAGAAGCAGUACUUAGUGUUCUGAAGUCAGAAGCAGCACUUGGUGUUCUGAAGUCAGAAGCAGUACUUAGUGUUCUGAAGUCAGAAGCAGCACUUGGUGUUCUGAAGUCAGAAGCAGUACUUAGUGUUCUGAAGUCAGAAGCAGCACUUGGUGUUCUGAAGUCAGAAGCAGUACUUAGUGUUCUGAAGUCAGAAGCAGCACUUGGUGUUCUGAAGUCAGAAGCAGCACUUGGUUUUCUGAAGUCAGAAGCAGCACUUGGUGUUCUGAAGUCAGAAGCAGCACUUGGUGUUCUGAAGUCAGAAGCAGUAAUUAGUGUUCUGAAGCCAAAAGCAGUACUUGGUGUUCUGAAGUCAGAAGCAGUACUUUGUUUUCUGAAGUCAGAAGCAAUUCUUGGUGUUCUGAAGCAAGAAGCAGUAAUUAGUGUUCUCAGGUCAGAAGCAAUACUUUGUGUUGUGAAGUAG